AUGAAAAUUAACUAUAACUCUUUGGCUAGCAAGAUGAAUCAAAUUUUCUUUACAAAUAAAAUGAAUCAAUCUUCUACACAGAAGGUAUUUUAAAUGAUUAUUCUACUUAAAUUAUUCCUUAAUAAUAAAAUAACUAUUAAUAAAUUAAUUCUGAAAACUAAUAAAUUAGUAAAGAUAUUAUUGGACAAUAUAAUCCUUAUUCUUUACCAGAGUUUUUAAAUAUUUCACAAUAAGAUGAUUUAAAUUAAUAUAAUUAAAAUUAAUAUUAGUAAUAUAAUAAUGAACCAUUUUAAUACUAAAAUUAAUAAAAUUCAUUAAAUUACCAAGGAGAUAAUUAACUAAAUAUUAGUUCUACCUAAAACAUAUCUACUUAAUCAUAUAAUAAAAAUAUUUUAUCCUAAAAUAGCAGCAAUUCUUAAGAUAGUUCUUUUAACUAAAAAACAACACAAGAAAAUACUAUUAACUAAAAUGAAAACCCCUUAAAAAGCUAGGUCUAAAAUCAAUAAAACCCCAAUUUAAAAUCUUAAACCUAAUCAUCUUUAAUUAGUUAGGCAGACUCAUAAAAUUAACCUACCUCAGAUAUAAGAAGCGCUCCAAAAUAAGCAAAUAUGA